CCCCUAGUGUGCGGCUGAUGGCAUUGCACAGAAACCAUCCCCUUUAAGAACCACAGCCCUUUAACAAUGAUUUACCUGGCCACACCUGUCUUGUCCACCCACAGGUUCCGAUAACAACAGCGUCAAACUCGGCGUUGUAAGGACAAUUUGGAACGCAAAGAUUCUCAUCUACUAAUAACAACAAAAAGCAGUCACAAUCAAGGAGAUCUAAAUGUGAUCAGAAAUGCAAAGUGUGCAACUGAGGUUUCAAUUAAUUCAUUUGUGUUAUACUUCAACUGCCUGAAUUACUGGAUAUGACAGAUGUCCUACAAACAAAUCUGGGGCUUGUUGAGAAAGAGUCCCCAGAAGCAACAGCAGUACCCCAAACGCCAGGAGUCCAAGCAGAAGGAAAUGAGAAGCUGAAGGAGGCCGAGAAAGGCCCGGAUACGUCUCCCGAAGGCGAGGUCAUGAGUUUUGCAAGCAUGGAGCCCAGCACCUUACAGUGGCCUGCUGGGAAGGAUGCCCUCAACAAGGCUGGGAGGCCACUGUCCCAGGAGAGCCAGCGGGUGGGCGGAGAAGGGAAGGAGAUGGAUGGAGAGCGAGCGAGCAUGCAGUCCGAUUGCCUGUCGCUCAGGGGAGCGGAGAGCACGACGGAGAGCGAGCGGGAGCUCAGGAUGCGAGAGAAGAUGAAGUCCGAGGACGGGUGGCUGGAGAAGGAGAAGGAGAAGGAGAAAGAGAGGGAGGUGGAAUUGGAGUUGAGGGCACGACCGAAAGGAUCUCACAUGGAGAUCGAGAUGGACGAGGUGAACUCCAUGCCAGAGGAGGCAGCGCGGGUUUUCAGGCCAAACAUGCACCACUCUUCUAUUGUACCUGAUUCCCCCAGAGACUGGGAUGAUGAGGAUAGGAGACCUUUCCUAGGAUCUCAUGGCGCUCCAGUGAAUGGAUAUUACCAUGACUGGGAACAACAAGAGACUCCACCAAAAUCGGGAUGUGCUGGCAGUGGUCGUGAUUUACUGAAAGCCGGCAUCUCCUUGUUCGCGGGCGCUGUGAUCUUCCCUUUCCUGAUUUGGGGGGGAUACGUCUUCCUUCCAUUCGAUGCCCCUUACCUGGAAACGGCACCCUUAAGGCUGGUCUACACACUGCGAUGCUCUGUUUUUGGUGUGGUGCCCAUUGUGCUGGGACUGUUGGUGUUAGGGAUAUCCCGUAUACGUUUUGGUGCUUUACGUCCCCAGUUUGAGACAGAAGUGAAGGAAGUGGCCGUUCACCGCCGUUUUGUGGAUGAAUCUGUCUCCUUGUUUGUGCUGUACUUUGUCCAGCUGGCUGUGUUGGCUGCUUAUCUAAACCAUGACUUACUCAAGCUAGUGCCUCUGUUGACCAUCGUUUUUGCCAUUGGCAGGCUUUGCUACUGGGUUGCUGCCACCAUGGGCAGUAGCCUCAGAGGAUUUGGCUUCGCCCUGUCUUUCCUGCCCAUGAUGACUAUGCUGGUGGCCAACAUGUAUUUCAUCUUUGUGCUUGACGCUGAAGGGAAUCUGUUUGCCCAAGAGGCCCGCUCCUCCCAUGACUCUCCUUCCACCUAUCGGCAGAGAUUCUGGGGUUGAUCUUUUACUCCAGGCUUUCGGUCGCCAAAUUAGGGUCCUUUUCAUUUAGAUUACAAUGAUCAAGGUUUUUCUGUGCGAGCCAUUGAGAGUAUGUUUAAUAAAUGAGCGAUUGAAUGCCUCGCUGACUUACUGGCCGAUCACUGUCAGUGAAGUAUGGCACUGAAAAUGUACAUUACAUGAUAAACAAGGCAAAAUAAAUAAACAUGAUUUACAUGAUGUUUUAAUGACUUGUUAGAUGGACUUUUAGGGAAGAGUGCGCUUGUCUUCCAGAUUAUUUGAUAGUCAGGGGUUAUUAGCAUUCUUAUGGAGGUAACGGUUAGGCUAGUAUUUAAGUUGCUUUUUAUGUGAAAACUGAAGUAGUCCCUGUAGUCCAAGUCCAGUUUCUGCAGUAACUUGUAGAUUUGUUUACUUUCCUCCUCUGCAGGACACUAAGAGAUGUUGAUUUUUGUCUAACAUUGAUAAUGUUUACAUUUACAUUAAAUGCACAAUCAUAGCUCUUCAUUUUCUUAGUUUUAUUUCUGUGGUAGACAUAGGCUACAUACAAAUUCACAAAAAAACCUAACAAUCUCUACCAGUUAUGUAUUAUUUUGAUCAUUAAUGUAAAAUUCUGCUAUGUCCCUGUGCAAUGUAAAGUUCAUCUUUUUAAAAUAAAUGUCUUUUCAUACACUAUAACAAA